UGUACACGGCUGUUAUUUGCGAUAGAAGGGCCUGCCGAUGACGAUUCUUGCCGGUGGAGCUGAUCCCGAAAGUGUGCAGGAAGCGGACGAGAAGUCAGCAAGUGAUUACGAUUCGUCGUAUGUGGUGCAGCGGGGGGACACGCUGGCCGGGGUAGCGCUGAGGCUCGGCGUGAAGCAGUCGGAGCUGAAGCGCGCGAACAGUAUGUUCGGGAGUCGAACUCUGGUCGCCGGACAGGUGUUGAAGACAAGGGGACCUGUCAAAUCCGCCAGAAAAGAAAAAAUAGUCUACCCCGUCCCUGCCGAGCCGUUGCCGGCCGCUCAACAAAAGUCGGGAUCCGCGUCGGAAGCAGGGGCUGGAGCAGCGGCGGCGUCUGCGUUUGCGGUGGGCGUUACCGCGACGAUGACCACGCCAGGGAUGGCGCCGGCGGCAGCGGCAGAAGAAGACGGCAUCCUCGUCGAACCGCCAGAAGAAGAGGUCUGGUUCGAGGACAGCCGCGGCGGCCAGGCGGAAGGCGCCGCGGAUGGCACCGUCGCGCCAUCGUCGUUGUCUUUGAUGCCCCCCGUUGAGGAAAGCAUGGUGCGAUCGGCUGUGCCGAGGGAGCUCUUGUACGAGCCACCGCACUGGGGGGAUGCCGCCGGCGGCAGCGGGGGCGGCGCCGCGAGCCGCUCCCGGCAGGGUUCCGACGCGUCGACCUCAGCGGCGGCUUCCGUCCGGGGAAUGUUCAACUACAUUCGGUCGAAGGCUGCGGCCGUCGUCACAACGCCCACGGCGAGCGAUGCCGCCGGCGGCGGCGGCGGCGGCGAUGGGUUCUUCGCGAGCAGCGGCGGCAGUAAAAUCUCCCGACGCAACUCCAGGCAAUCGAACGGCGGCGGCAGCGGCGACGCCGGGUCACACUACGCCAGCAGCGGCGGCGGUGGCUCGAUGCCGUCGACGCCCAGAUUUCCUUCGGUCGACGAGGGGCUAGCCCCCGCCGGCCUGCCGCCCGCGGAGAUGUGGGCGGGCACGCGCGAAGACCCGGGGAACGCGGCAGCCUUUGCCGCGGCGCAAUCGGCGGCGCGGGACGUGUCCGAGGUGGCGCAGUCGACCGCGCAGGCCUUCCUGUCCAUGGUGAAGCCGAGCUACUGGAGAGCGGACUCGGAGGGGGAGGGCGCUGCGGGCGAGUCCCCGGUUGGGUUCGGCGAUGAUCGGAGAGGGGAGCGGAGAGGGGAGCGGAGAGGCAGCGAUCGGUGGGUUAGAGUACCUGGCGGUGCUAGGUCCUUCGAGGACACGGCUUCUUCUGAGUCGAUCCUUCACUCUCAAGCCGACGAGGCGAGCUUGUUCCCAAGGGACCCCGGUACGUGGCCAUCACCCCCGCCGGCAGAGGCACCCUUGAAACUCCCUGGGUUGGUGUGUGGGGGGAGCACUAUCGUGACGCACAGCACGCUGGCGCGGAUGGAGGCUGCGCAGCCGAAGCACCACAGGGGCUACAACUGGUACCUCUUGUACAGCACCUUUAGGGACGGGGCAAGCUACACGACCUUGUACAACCGCAUCCAGGGGGAGGAACCGACGUUUCUCAUCGUGGAGAGCAUGAGGGGGGAGGUCUUCGGAGGUUUCGCGACAUCGGCGUGGUCCUCGGGUUGUCAGUACUACGGCACGGGGGAGUGCUUCCUGUUCAAGAUCGAAGGAGAACGUGUAACCGUCGAGAGCGAAGAGGAACAAACCGAAAACGAUUCCGAUGACCGUUUCGCCGACGGCCGAACCGGCAGCAGCGAAACCGUUUCGGAAUCGAAAACUCUGAUGGAAGGAGACAUGACUGCUUUCGGCUGGACCGGGAUGAACAUGUACCUCCAGUACAGCGACAGUAAGGGGAUCGCGAUGGGCGGGGGGGGCGCGGACGGCAGUUUUGGUCUCUUCAUCGGGGAAGAUUUCCUUACCGGCGGCACGGGAAAAUGCGACACAUACGGGAACCCGCCACUCUGCUCUCAAGAACAGUUCCAGGUUUCGCAAGUAGAGGUGUGGGGCUUCACGACUGCUGACACGGAGAUGGGUGCGAGGUUAGAGCGCUUACGAAAGACGCUGAGGGGUAAAACAACCCGGCCCUUGUAAUGGACGGACGCGAAGGCUAGCAUGUUCCCCUCUUUGGUUUUGGAGGCGUUAGGUCGGGAGUAUUUCACGCCUUGAUAGGCCUUGGCGCAUCUCCCCGCCGCGGCCGGACCCCCAAUUUCGUCUCCUCUCUCCUUUGAUUCCGUAUAUGUAAUUAUAUGCCGCGGGUCCGUAGCGUGUACAAGUUCGUGUGUGGGACGAAGAGCCAGGCAGCUGUAUUAAGGGCGUGGGUUGUUUGUUUGCCUGCCUUACCUUUGCUUCCACACGUCUCCUCGACAUAUCUGGCCUAUCAAAGCAAGUUUUGUUCGACGGGCGGUAAGGAUGCUUUCACUCUCGUAUUUAUAGUUUUUCUUUCUUGUGUUGUCAGCUUUGACAAACACGUGCGUCAUGGUAUGCUGCUGGUUAUGUGGAAGGGCCAAGCGCAGCGUGUGCAGCUUGGGCAGCAAGUCAACGAAGGCGGUCACUCCGGUUAUAUAGCGGAACGGACCAGAAUCGCACGUGGGCCGUCUCGUAUCUCGCUUGUCGUUUUGUCAUCGACCGCCAAGCUUCCUUGGACUUGAAAUACAACGGUUGUGUUGACUGUAGAUUCCCGGACGUUACAGACGCACCCAUCGCAAAGGAAGGUCACGGCAUGGGCGCGGUUGACCUGGGUCACAAGUCCAUACACCGCUCGUUCUAGCUCUCACGCCUGCUACAAUGUAACUGUUGUUUUUUUUCCAAGAGUUACUUGUGGAAGCCCGAGCAAAAGGCGUGUUCUCCUCAGGAGUUGGCCUAAUCACAUUUUCGUGGUUGUACAACUACAGACAAUAGACUUUAGGGGUUGCUGGCUUCUGAACCAGGGCAGGUUUCACCUUAGGGUGGACUUAACCACUUGGAGAGGGAUGAAUUGUGGACAUUGUUUGUGCACGCCGUGUGCCUGGUAUGGAGUUCAUGGCCGUCUACAGGUAUUCCUAAGCGUCCUUGACAAAACCAGAUGGAAAAGGUUCGUCGGGUGUGGUAUGCCUCUAGGAGAAGCCGAGAGAUUCUCAUGGUGGCCGGUAGCGGUGUUGGCAGCGGUUGAAACGCUGAAUCGAGUUGAUGCCGCGCAGGGAAACAUGACGUUCCGACGCAACACGCGACAACAUGUGUCCAAUGUUGUAAUUGUUUUUUUGCCUGGAUGGGCCCUGUUUUCGGCUUCUGGCUUGUUGCGUUCUCCGUAGGAGCUGUCGUAGCUUCUGUUGGUAGGAAUCGAGUGUAGCGGAGUUGUAGUGUAGUGAGCGACAACCCUUCCUUACAAUGCGAAACACUUGCAUAGGGAAGGGUUGGCGCGCGCCCUUUGCGGGCGUGACAACGCCGUGCGGCGAAGGAUAAGGAGAUUUUGCUGCCGUCGGUUCUCAUCUUGAGCCCGAAAUGUGCUACAGUUGCUUCCCCGAAGCGUACCGGUUGUAAAAUCUCCUCGCCUGCUGUUGCUGAUGACAGGUCGUACCGGGCACUCUUUUCUUUCAUACUCCUAGAAUGAUUGGGUUGUCCCAGGGUAUCCCAAGGUGUUGUGGCGUUACCUCUUGAACCGUCCUUUGUUGGUUCGGUAAAUGCCCAUGUACUUAGCAGUAUCCAUCGAUUUGACAAAGGGAGACUGUGGUGAAUGCGAGACGAAAAAGUUAGUUGAUCUGCUUCAUUUGUUGAGGUUGCCUCCGCUUUAUCCUCCUGAAAAGGGGACGUUGUCAAGCGUGUGGAGAGUGCAUGGAGGU